UUUGCCGUUGCCUUUAAAAAGAGACGCGGCGAAAACUACGCUACUGUCAUCAACAGGCACAGUCUUAAAUGUCACUGGAGUAUAGAGCUGUCUAUAAACGGAAAUUAACAAAGGAAAUAAUAAUAAUAAAAGCCAGAAAGGAAGCAUUUUCAAGAAAUUAAUUGCAAACCAAGGCGUAUCAUUUAUCUGAACUUAUUCCAGAAGCACCAUUUACAUUCAAUUUUAUUUUCAAUCUUGCAGGUGGAAAGUGCGUGUGGUCGUUCGGUGCUGAGGAUAGUGAGGACAUGCGAUGGGACCAAUCCACAGAAGCUGCUUUGCUGAAGAGACGUAGAGCAUCAUGAUCAUGCUGACCCCCUCCUCUGGCUUUUUCCAGCGCGCCAAGAAGCUCUUGCUUAGUGAGCAAGCCAGCAGGGUCCAGCUCAAGGAGUUUGCACGCAAAAAUGCAGCCAAUGCCUUGUCUGUGGCCAACAUGGUGAUGGGCAUGGCUUCUAUUCUCUGUAGCCUGAAUGGCCACCGGUAUGCAGCAUGCUGGCUGGUUCUGAUUGGCUACCUGCUGGAUUUGGCGGACGGAGCAGUUGCUAGGCGACUGGACGCCUGCUCGGCACUGGGUGCCAAGUUGGACGACUUCGCUGAUUUCACCACAUUCGGGAUUGCAACAGCAUUGCUCCUGAGAACUCAUAGCCUCAUGGACAACAUCCUCUGCAUGUGCUACGUCAUGUCGGUCUUCAUCAGACUCUGCUUCUUCUCCAGUGGGAUUCCAUUCAUGUACCGGGGCUUGCCCUGCAUCUACUCCUCCGCCAUCCUGGCCUGUGCCUCCCUGCUGUCCGGGGGCAACAUGCAGGUUCUCCGUAUCACCGCUGUGGCCAUGAUCCUCUUCAUGGUGAACCAGGGCUUCUACCCCCACGACCGGGUGCUGGAGUCCCAGGCCUGGAAGAAGGUGGUCUAUGCCGGAGGCGUGGUAAUGGUGUUCUGUUCCUCGUUCCCUCCGGCGUGUGUUUACUACCUGCUUUGGUCGGUAUCCUACAUCUUGUUCCCGACAGCCUUGUGGAGCUGCAAAGUGUAACAGAAGUUGAGGCCUAAUCUCAGACUCUCUCAUCAGGCCUGUGGUAGGCUGGCCUGGCUUUACUAAACAAGCCUCCAACACGCUGCUUCCUGUUGCCAUGGAGAAUCGAAACACACACACCCUCAAGACUUAGGA